CCUUCUAUAGACACUAUGAAGAUGGUCCAAUGCGCAGGGUGUUAUCGUCCAAUCUUAGACCGGUUCUUACUGAACGUCCUGGACCGAUCUUGGCACACUAACUGUGUCCGAUGCUGCGAAUGUGGAUGUAAUCUGACAGAGAAGUGUUUUUCCCGAGACGGCAAACUGUACUGCAGGAACGAUUUCUUCAGGCGGUUCGGAACCAAGUGCGCUGGUUGUAGUCAGGGGAUAUCCCCCACAGAUCUUGUCCGAAGAGCUCGCAACAAGGUCUUUCAUCUGAAAUGUUUCAUUUGUACAGUCUGUCGAAAACAGCUCUCAACGGGGGAGCAGCUGUACAUCCUGGACGAGAAGUGUUUCAUUUGCAAGGAGGAUUAUCUGACCAGCCGCCAUAAUCAAACUUUGACCCCCCGAACUCCGCCAGAUCGCGAAGAGAUCGAAGAUACGAACGACAGCCGUGCCGAUCCUGAUCAUAUCCUCACACACGAAGAUGUGAGAGAUCCCAGCUGGGAACGGAAGCCUAAUGUAAUAUUAAAUGGUUACGAUCUUUCCGACAACACUGGAUCCCUUGCCGACAAUGAAUUGACCGGAACCUUGGGAAACACUCACAAUUCUAAUUCUGGUUCCACCAUGUGUCCUGCCAAAAAUAACAAUAAAAACAGCAAAAUGAGUGGGAGUGAAAGCAGCCCGAACAGUGCCAACAAUUACAUCUCACAGAAUCAACAAAAUGAUGAGAAUACACCGGGAGCUAAAAGACGGGGUCCUCGAACCACCAUCAAAGCCAAACAGUUAGAAACUUUAAAGGCUGCCUUUGCGGCUACGCCGAAACCCACACGUCACAUCCGGGAGCAGCUAGCACAGGAAACAGGUCUGAACAUGCGUGUGAUACAGGUCUGGUUCCAGAAUCGUAGGUCGAAGGAAAGGAGAAUGAAGCAACUGAGCACUCUCGGAGCUCGCCGUCACUUCUUCAGAAAUCCUCGGCGGGCCAUGCGGCAGCUACGACCAGGAAUGUCUCCCGACGGACUUGACGAUAGUCCCGAUAUGGUCCUAGGGCCCAACGCUGGCUACAGUUAUUUUUCCG